AUGCUUAACAUAACUUUACAAACUCUUGAAACAAUCCAAUAUCUAUGGGCGCAAACCAACUUAUAUUUCCUUGAUUUGAAUGUCAAUCAAACUAUGGACGCAAUUUACACGAACCUAAAUGCCUUGACAUCUUCCUCCGAUUUUGUCGUGCUUUUCGUUUCCUUCGCACUACUCUACGUCCUGUUUUCGAUCGCUAGGAUGAUAUUUCGAUGGGUUUACGGGACGGUUGUGGGAAUGAUUAAAUUUGGAUUUUAUGUCUUUAUUGCAAUCAUUUUAUAUUGGAUAUAUGUUAGUAUUGACGUAGAAAAAGGGAACGAAGAACUUAUGAUGACAAAACAAAAGUUGGUUCAGGGAGUAAAAGGUGUGGUUCGUGAUGCAAUUCAUAACGAUCUGUGA